UCUCGAGCGACAUUUGCUACUACAAACACUUCUUCCUACACCACAGUCGCGCUGCCUGCAAGAGUGCCAUUCAGCUCUGUUUCCUUUGCCUGGACUGUCCGCGCCUGCAUUGCCUAGCAUCAUUCUGAGCCAUUGGCAAUCCUCUCUUCCCAUGGCGAUCCCCACCGUCAAGACGCUUGAGCAAUGCUCGGAAUGGAGUCGUGUCGUCGAGCCGUACAUCCCGCAGCUCUUUGACCUCCCAGGCAAAGUCCUCGGCGCGGCCACGAGCCCUGCCGCCCUCGUCGAGCUGUACAAGGCGACGAACCCGCUAAUCUCUGGCUUUGCCUUUUCUGUCGCACUGGGCUUCGUGUUUCUCAUCGUGUCCGAGAUCAAUCGCAACUACUCCCAGGUCGAUCGCAUGUGGAGUCUGCUACCGACCAUCUACAAUGCUCAUUUCGCCACCUGGACACACCUCCACGGGCUCCCCAGUGACCGAGUCGAUCUCGUCCUUGCCUGGAGCAUCCUCUGGAGCACGCGCCUCACCUUCAACUACGCGCGUAAAGGCGGCUACAACAUCGGAUCUGAAGACUAUCGGGAAAUCAUCAAGGCUCAAAUUCCUGCCUUCGCCUUCUUCCUCUUGAAUGUGACCUUCAUCUCCUUCAUCCAGAGCAUACUGCUCUUCGCGCUGGCGGCGCCAACGUACAUCAUCAUGCUCAGCUCACUGGUGCAGCCCAAGGUUGGCCUCAGCGACUUGUUCUUCUUGGGCACAGAGAUUGCCCUCAUUGCCUCGGAGUGGUUCAGCGACCAGCAACAGUGGGACUACCAACACGCCAAGCAAGAGUACAAGAAGACUGGCACGGUUCCCCACGGCUUCACCCAGGACGACCUGGAGCGCGGCUUCAUCACCUCGGGUCUCUGGGCGUACUCGCGCCACCCCAACUUUGCAGCUGAGCAGACCAUUUGGAUCCUGCUGUACCAGUGGAGCUGCUUCGCCAGCAACUCGCUCUACAACUGGUCCGCCGGCGGUGCGGGUGUCCUCGUGAUGAUCUUCCAGGGCUCGACCUGGCUCACCGAGCUCAUCAGCGGCGGCAAGUACCCAGAGUACCAGGAGUACAAGAAGCAGAUCAACGCCUUCCUCCCGACCAAACGCGCCUACAAGCCCCCUGCCGUCAAGCCCACCAAGGUUCACGAGACCACCGGCCUGGCAGCCAAGACGCAGAAGGCCGCGAAGAAGUCCAAGAAGCUCUGAGCACUGUCGUGAGGCCAAAUGCUCUCUUGGCCAGCAUGUUCGGGGUAGCGAAUAUAGCUGGGCGAGCAAAGCUAGCCUGCCCCAGAGGGAGACCAUGGUGAUUUGUUUCUUG